UCAAGACAAGAUAGAAAAUCUUCAGAAGCAGCUCGCAGAUAUGCAAGCGGAAAUGGAACGGUUGAGAACAGCAAACCUGGCCGUACCAAAUCAACAACAGGUAGUUGAUCCACUAGCUAACAUCGGACAAUUACCAGGUAACGCACAAGUUGACAUCGCAACUAUUGCUAUGUACAAGCUACCUCCCUUCUGGAAAAGCAAGCCCCAGCUAUGGUUCACGCAGAUUGAAUCAAUAUUUCGUAAGCGAAACGUUCGCACGGAAAGAACAAAAUACGACGCAGUUAUGGAAAUUCUCGAUCAACAAGCAGUGGACGAGAUUUCCGAUAUCAUCGAACAACCAGUAGAUGACCAGUCAUACACACGGUUGAAAGAAACACUAAUAAAACGUUUCUCUGAAUCAUCAGAACGCCAACUGCACCGACUCCUGUCCGAGGUCGAGCUCGGUUACAAGAAACCAUCUCAGCUACUGCGUAAAAUGCGAGAUUUAGGCAAGAAUGAAGCAACCGACAGUCUACUAAGAACAAAAUGGAUGAGUCUGCUACCACAGAACGUCACAAACAUUCUACUAGUGGCACACGACGUAGACCUGAAUAAGCUAGCGGAGAUGGCUGACAAGCUGAUGGAAUUUGCGGGCGGUUAUGUCACAGCUGUAAACACUACAAACUCUCAAGGAGUUUGCGCAAUUAAAAACUCGGCAGACAAACAACACGAUGAGAGACUAGACAAAAUUGAAAAAAUGAUUAGUGAUAUACAGAUCAGCAUCAACGACCUACGUGAAACAAACAAGACCAAGUCACAAGGAACCAGACCACGUUCACGAUCAAGAUCACGCCCUCGAUACCCAGAUGGUAAAUGCUAUUAUCAUCAUAAGUUCGGGGACGCUGCGUACAAAUGUCACAGACCAUGGUGUCCAAAAAACCCGAACCAUCAACCGGGAAACUUGUAA